AUGCUAUCACCUUUUAUCUUUCGACCGCAUACCAUCACCUUUUAUCUUUCGACCGGAUGCCAUCGCCUUUCAUCUUUAGACGACAUACCAUCACCUUUCAUUUUUCAAUCACAUACCAUCACCUUUUAUCUUUCGACCGCAAUCACCUUUUAUCUUUCAACCGGAUACCAUCGCCUUUCAUCUUUUGACCAUAUACCAUCCCCUUUUCAUUUUCCGACCGCAUACCAUCACAUUUCAUCUUUCGACCGCAUAACAUCACCUUUCAUCCUUCAACUGCAUACCAUCACCUUUCAUCUUUCGACCGCAUACCAUCACAUUUCCUCUUACGACCGCAUACCAUCAACUUUUAUCUUUAGAUCACAUACCGUCGCCUUUCAUUUUUCGACCACAUACCAUCAUCUUUCAUCUUUCGACCACAUUUCAUCACCUUUCAUCUUUCGACCGCAUAUCAUCACGUUUCAUCUUUUGACCGCAUACUAUCACCUUUCAUCUUUCGACCGCAUACCAUCACGUUUCAUCUUUCGACCUCAUACCAUCACCAUUCAUCUUUCGACUACAUACCAUCACCUUUCAUUUUUCGACCGCAUAUCAUCACAUUUCCUCUUUCGACCGCAUACCAUCACCUUUCAUCUUUCGACCGGAUGCCAUCGCCUUUCAUCUUUAGACCGCAUACCAUCACAUUUCAUCUUUCAACCAGAUACCAUAACAUUUCAUCUUUCGACCGAAUGCCAUCACCUUUCAUCUUUCGAACACAUACCAUUACCUUUCUUCUUUCGACCACAUACCAUCACCUUUCAUCUUUCGACUGAACACCAUCGUACGUUUUAG